ACAUUCAUUUCAAAGACUGUUUGGCAUUACCCCACAAGUUAAUGCAACCUUUCCUCUUUCAUGCCCAAAUCCUCUCUCUCUCUCUCUCUCUCUCUCAUUGGUCUUUCACAUUACAACUUUUCCACUUCCCUCAACAAAACAUCCUCCUCUUUCAACUCCUCCUUCUUCUACCCUCUUCUCUCUAAAACCUCAUUUUCGUUUCUCCAUUUUCAUUCCCCGAUGAUCGCACUACCAUCAACUUAAGGUGAGAUCAAACCCCAAAACCACUCCAUCAAUGGGUUCCUGUGCUUCAAUCCACAGAAAUCCUGAUUCCGCCAUGAAAUUCAAACUCUCACUUGCUUCCAAAACCAACGAUAUGGCAAUUCCUCCUUCACCCAUCAAACAAAACAACACUCCCAUCAACCCCACCGUCUUUCACAAAUCUCAGACCUCCCCUUCUCACUUGGGUAGCAAGGAUGAAGCGUUUUUUGAUUCACGAGGCUGGUUGGAUUCAGAUUGUGAAGAUGAUUUCUACAGUGUUAAUGGCGAUUUCACUCCUUCACGAGGAAAUACUCCGACACACUCCAGCUUCUCCUCCGGUACCCCUCGGAUCAACCAAGUUCAUGGCAUUGACGAUCAGACUCCAAUCACCAUUCCCGAACCAUCGCCAACAGGAAAGAAGAAACUGGCUGAUCUUUUCAGGGAGAGCUCUAGAAAUGGCACUGACAGACAAGCCAAACCAACUCUAAAUGAACUCGCCCUGCAGUCGAAUCCUGAAACACCUUACGUGUCAGGAACAAACUCUGUAUGUAGCAGUGAGAGGACCCCAAAUGGAGAUGUCUGGGCUGAGAAGGAAAGGCCAUUUGGAUCAGUACAAUGCUGCCUCCCAAGUUUGAGAUCAUGUCAUAGCUUUGGUGACCGGAGGAAGAAGGCGAGUCCUGCCAUAGCUGUGUAGUACAAGCUCUGAUCCAACAUGCCAUAAGCUGUGAAAUUCCCCUCUGGUUCUGCCAUUGUGAGACCCCAAAGCUCAUGGAGUUCACAAUUGUUCAGAAAUAUGUAAAGUUCAGAAAUAUUCGAUGCAGAUGCAGCAGCAGUGUUCAAGAGGUAUUGCUGCUGUUUAAGGCAAUGCUUAUAUAUAUAUAUAUAAAUAUAUAGAUACAGAUAUGUUAGAUUCCUAGUACAGUGUUUCAUAUCAUAUCAGAAUAUGUGAGAAAACAAAGAGGAGAAAGGAAGAAUAAAGGUAAAGAAAGUAAAUAAGACUUUUUUUUGCACCUUAAGUUUGUUUUUCACUAUGAGAAUUAUAAUUAAAGCCUUUGUGUUGUUUAAUAAAAGAAAAAUAACUUAACUA